AUGUUGGAGAGUAAUUAUACCAUGCCAAUUGAAUUUCUGCUUGUUGGAUUCACAGAUUACCUACCUCUCAGGGUCACACUAUUCUUGGUAUUUCUCAUAGUAUACACACUCACGGUCAUGGGAAACAUAGGCUUAAUAAUUCUAGUUAACAUCGACUCGAGCCUUCAAACCCCCAUGUAUUAUUUCCUCAGCAACUUGUCUUUCUUAGACUUCAGCUAUUCCACAGCCAUCACGCCUAAAAUGCUGGUGGAUUUCUUAGCAUCCAAGAAAAGCAUCUCCCCCUACGGCUGUGCACUGCAGAUGUUUUUCUUCGGCUGUUUUGCUGAUGCUGAGUGCCUUCUCCUGGCAGCAAUGGCCUUCGACCGCUAUGCCGCCAUCUGCAAUCCACUGCUCUAUUCAACACUUAUGUCUCGGAGAGUCUGUCUCUGCUGCGUUGUGCUGGUUUACGUCAGCGGAAGUAUGACUUCGAUGGUACACGUCUGCCUUACGUUCAGGAUGCCAUUCUGUGGCUCCAAUAUCAUCAAUCAUUUUUUCUGUGAUAUCCCACCUCUGCUGGCUUUAUCCUGUGCAGACACGCAUAUCAAUGAGCUUCUGCUCUUUACCUUGUGUGGCUUCAUCCAGACCAGCACUUUUGUGGUCAUAUUUCUCUCUUACUUCUGGAUCCUCAUCACUGUUUUGGGCAUCAAGUCCUCAGGUGGCAGAAGCAAAACGUUCUCCACCUGUGCUUCCCAUCUCAUAGCCGUCACCUUAUUCUAUGGAACACUCCUGUUCAUGUACUUACGUCCCACCACCAGCUAUUCCCUAGGCACUGAUAAAGUAGUUGCAGUGUUUUAUACUGUUGUCUUCCCCAUGGUUAACCCAAUAAUCUACAGCUUCAGAAACAAGGAUGUAAAAAAUGCCCUCAAAAAGCUGUUAGACAGAAACCGGACUUUCAGUUGA